AUGGAAGAAUCUCCCACCAGAUCUUAUACUCCACUCUCAAAGGCACCACAUCUAUUAAAGAAGUCUGAAACUACAACCCGAUCUUGUAAUCGGGUCUUGCCUCGGUCACCUGAAAAGCUUUUUGAAUGCUACCCUCCAAAAAUAAAAACAUCUUCGGCAGCUCAACAGCAAUCCUCUAAUUCUACAAGAAAUAUCCUUUUGGCUGGAAAGCAAAAACAAGUCCUGCUUUUGCAAACCAAAUAA